GGGAGCUCAGGGCCCAGCGCGCGAGCGGCCGCCAUUCCGCAGCCAACCGCCAUCACCGUGGCAAGGCCGGCAGGACGCGCAAUGCUGCCUGUCCUGCUGAUCCUCUCAGGCCUGGGCCGGCUGACCUCCGCCGGCCAUCGUGAGUAUCCUGAAACAUCACUUCUACAAAUAACAGUGCCACGGAAGAUAGAGACAAACACCGAUGGUGAAGUUUCAGAAACGCAUGUCACUUAUGCCAUCAAAAUUGACCAGAAAAUAUACACUCUCCACCUUGAAAAACAGUCAUUUUUAGACCCUCAUUUCCUUGUGUAUGCAUACAACAAAUCAGGAACAUUGUAUCCAGAUUCUUCAUUUAUGAAGGGCCAUUGCCUUUAUCAAGGAUAUGCCGCAGAGGUUCCAAAAUCAGUUGUGACACUUAGCACUUGUUCUGGACUCAGGGGAUUAUUGCAGUUGGAGAACGUCAGUUAUGGCAUUGAACCUUUGGAAUCUGCAGCUGCAUUUGAGCAUAUGCUUUAUCAAAUAAAGAAUAAUAAAAUUGAGUUUUUGCCCUUACAAGAAAAUUAUCCCACGACCCAAGUGGUAGAUCAGUCCUACCGGAUACUUGUGAAAUCAGAAAAAAAAUCAGAUGUUGAGCUAUUGAAAAGAAUUCUGAAAAUUCAAAUCAUUAUGGAUAAAGCCUUGUUUGAUUACAUGGGCUCUGAAGUAGCAGUUGCAACUGAGAAAAUUGUCCAUAUCGUUGGUGUAAUCAACACUAUAUUUUCCCAGCUUAAAGUGACAGUUAUGCUAACUUCUUUGGAGCUCUGGUCUGAUCAAAAUAAGAUUUUGCUUAGUGGGGAUGCUAAUGAAGUACUACAAAGAUUUGUGUCAUGGAAAGAACAAUUUUUGUUUCAGAGGUCCCAUGAUAUGGCAUACUUAUUAAUUUAUAGGAACCAUCUUAAUUAUGUGGGAGCAACAUAUCAUGGAAUGGCAUGUAAUCCAAAGUUUGCUGCGGGAAUUGCUCUGUAUCCGCAGGUGAUAACUUUAGAUGCAUUUUCAGUUGUUAUGGCACAGUUGCUUGGAAUUAAUCUGGGAUUAACAUACGAUGAGAUCUACAAUUGUUACUGCCCAGGAACUACAUGCAUAAUGAAUCCUGGAGCAAUACAUUCCCAUGGUGUAAAGUAUUUUAGCAGUUGCAGCAUGUAUGAAUUUAAGCACAAGGUUUCACAGCCUGAAUUUGAAUGUCUUCAGAAUAAAACAGUUUCAGACGUGGUUCGCCAAGGAAGAACUGCAAUUUGUGGUAAUAAAAUUGUGGAACCACCAGAACAGUGUGAUUGUGGUCUUCCAGAGGAAUGCGCUCACAAAAAAUGCUGUAAUCCUGUAAGUUGUACUCUAAUUGGAAAUGCAGAGUGUGGCAGUGGACCAUGCUGUGAUAGAAGAACUUGUCUGAUAGCUGAAAGAGGACGUUUAUGUAGGAAAAUGACAGAUCCAUGUGAUUUUCCAGAAUUUUGCAAUGGAACAUCUGAGGCUUGUGUACCUGAUGUGAAAUCUGCUGAUUUAGAACCAUGUAAUAAUAAUACUGCCUAUUGCUAUGAGGGAAUAUGCCGAGAUCCAGAUGUACAGUGUGAAGCAUUAUUUGGAAAAUUUGCUAAAGUUUCUACUUAUCUAUGUGCACAAGAAGUGAAUUUUCACGCAGAUCAAUUUGGAAACUGUGCCAAACAUGGUUGCAAUUUUCGGCAUAUCCUUUGUGGAAAGAUAGUUUGUCACUGGACACAUUCACAGAUAGUACCAGUAAAAACUUUUAAUGUUCAAUAUACUUACCUUGGAGGCCAUAUAUGUUUGUCAGCAUAUUUGAGAAAUGAAACACAAUCUUCAGAGUAUGAUUUUACUCAAGUGCAUAAUGGCACGAUAUGUGGUCAAAAUAAGUAUUGUUAUAAAGGAUUCUGUAGAGAAAGAAGUGAGAACCCAGUAAAAACAAAUUGUGACUCAGUAAAAAAUUGCAGUGGACAUGGGGUUUGCAAUAAUAGGUUUAAUUGUCACUGUGAUGUUGGAUAUUCUCCUCCAAAUUGUUAUCUAAAACCAUCAUCACCAGGAGGAAGUUAUAAUGAUGGGUAUUGGUUUCCAGAGGAGAAAGGUCAAAACAUACCUGCAAAACGACAUGCUGCUCCUGAAAAAAAUGGCCUCUUAAUCAGUUUCUACAUUUUUCUACCUUUCCUUAUUUUAAUUGCCAUUAUUGCUCUUAAAUGGAAUAAAAUAAGAUUUUGGAACAGAGUGGAAACAGUAAGUGGAGAAUCUGUAUCUGAAGACAACAAUAGUAACAGCAACCAGUCAUCAAGUUAAAGACCUAUCACUGGGAGUAAAUGGAAGAAUUAAAAAUUCAACCAUAAAUGAAAACAAGAGUUCAUCCAAUUACUAAUCAGCCAUUCCUCCUUAUCUGACCUUGAUGGAGAGUUAAGUCAAUGGAUCUCUGUUUCCCUAUCUGCCACCAAAACAAACAAACAAACAAACAAAACACUAACUACUAUCCUCCAUGUAAAAUAGUCUUAUUUCUCAGUAGGGAGAGUUGGGAGAGUUGGUGGUGAGGGAGGAGGUGGAUAUUGGUUUUAAAUAUAAUUGAAUGAGUGGGCCCUAUUCAGCAAGAGAUGUGUAAACAAAGUAUUGGAGGAAGUUGCAAGUAUUGACUCAGUUUAUUUAUUUAAAAGGAGGUACUUGAAUUCCCAGGUUCAGUUCACAUGGGACUUUUAUUUAAAUGUAAAGGAUACAGUGCAAGAGAGAGUGCGGGCAAAAAUGGGCACCGGAGAGAUAUCUCAUGCACAAGGCCUCAAGGUUCCUUUAAAUUUUAAACAGUCCAUUAUAAAUUCCACUGCCAAUGUCUUGGCAAAAAGUGAAACCAAGCAUCCAGGCUUUCCUAGAGAUAAAGUUAGAGCUUUUCCAUUCCGGCUGUAAAUCAACUCCUUACAGAGGCAUAGAGCUGGCAGAGGUCGCCAUGCAUAUAUCUAGGCAGGAGCUUUCCAAGCAUGUGAAUGAUCCAAUGAAAAAAUAAGUCAGAAAUGUCUGAUGAUUAACAGUGAUGUCAGUUUAGCUGGAGCAGAGUUAGUAAGGGGACUGUGGUCAUGAGUAGGUCAGACAGUAAAACUCUUUUAGGCUGUGGGAAGUGUUGAGGGCUGUGUUUUAUUCUGAGAGGAAAUCAUUGGAAGAUUAAUGUUCAAGACUUCCACUUUAAAAGGCUGGUUUGUUAAAAUAAAUAAAUUAAAAAAAGACUGAUUUGUUGAAAAUAGUUUGUAUGAUGGCAAGAGGAGAAGUGGAGAAACCAGUUGGUGGAGAAACUACUGUAAUAAUCCAGGAGGGAAAGGAUGGUACCUCAGACCAGGGGUAGUAAAGAUGGUUUUAGGAAUAAAUUUUGAAGGAUACCAACAGAAUGAACUGGCAGCUUCAAUAUAAAGUGUAAGAAAAUGUGCUUAAAUAACGUUUAUUGAUAAAGCAGCAAGAUAAGCAAGGUUAAAUGUAAACACAGACCU